CUUCAAUGAUGCAAUGAACGUCCUUCUAAUAGACACUGGGCUGAAGGCACAUCCUAAUGACACAGACAGAGGUUUGAUUGUCCACGUGCACGGCCUCCUCUUUGCGUGCACGCUCCUCCCCUCGUGCACUAUGCUCGUGCGCACUCCAGUUUCUGAGGGUGGCUCAGUACCAGCUCGUGCCACUGAAAAAGAAGGACAAACAAAAUGGAGGACAAACAAACUACAGCCUCAGUCCUCAGCGUCUUCAUCCUGGUCCUUAUCCAAAACGCACACUCCCAAAGACUUUGUAUAGUCCCUCCUGGUCCGGUCUUGGUCUCUGAGAAUAACACUGCAGAUGUGGAGGUGGUCCAGAUUGACACCAGUCUGAGUCCAGACCUGGUUUUGGAUCUCCUUGUGAACCCUGAUGACCUCUUCUAUCUCCAAGGCAAUGCGCUUAUGGCCAAAAGAGGCCUGGACUUUGAGGCUCUGUCAAGUCCAACCCUGACAGUGUGGGUGCAGUGUAAAACUGAGAACUACACCCUGAGUGAGUCUGUGGAGGUACUGGUGGAGAACAUUAACGACAACCCUCCAAACUUCGAUCGAACCCACUACGUCCUGGAUGUCAACGAGCUGUCUCCAGUGAACUCCAGUGUGGGUCUGAUAGAAGCCACAGACAUCGACUCAGAUCCUCUGUACUAUCGACUGGAGCCGGCCUCGGACAAAUAUUUCCGCCUGGAGAACACGACCAGCCCAAAAAUCGUAGUGAAAAGUGUCAUCGACUACGACACAAUUCAGAAGAUCUCAUUGGUCUUACAUGUGCAGGACACGUUUAAUGGCUCAGCGUCUAACAAACCCUUCUUCACAUCGGUGGCCACUCUGACGCUGAACAUUCGGGACGUGGAUAAUCGACCACCCUGGUUCCAACCGUGUGUCCGAACCUCCCUUGGCCCCAGCAAACUAUGUGUGAGCUCAGGGUACAAGGGCCGCGUCAACCUCACCGAGAAGGAGGAGGGGCCUCUGGUGCUGGAGCCUGGUCCGGUGUUUGCCAAAGAUGGAGAUAGAAACCGCAGUGAGCAGAUCAGCUACAAGAUCCUUAAAGGAAACGAGGGUAACCUUUUCCAGAUGGACGAGGACACAGGUAACAUCACCAUGACCAAAGCUGCCGACGUCCUGGGCCCCAUCACCCUCACUGUCAUCGCGUCGCAGGUGCAGAACCGGGACCAGUUUGCGGUCACUCAGGUGGUGUUUGAGGUGAUGAAGAAGAGCAGAAGUCCUCCUCGUUUUGAGAAAGAGCGAUUCGAAGGAUUUAUCUACAGUAACUCUGUCCCGGAGAGUCUGGUGCUGAGAGACCGCAGCACCAAUCGACCCUUCAGAGUGCGGGCCAGAGAUGAGGACUUCGCCACGGGCAUUAAUCCUGAUGUGAAAUAUGAGGUGCAGUACAGCAGUUAUGUGAAUGUGACCACCGAUGGAUUUGUGAUUCUGAAGAGAGUCGUCAAAACCGAGUCCUUUGCUCUCCAGCUGAGGGCAGUUGACACCAGCACUGGAGAAUUUGGGACAGCUGCGCUCUCUGUUCAGGUCAUUCCAGCGGUUGCUAUUCCAUCCCCGGCCAGUGGGGGGUACCGUCCCGGGGACAUGGCUCUCCUGGGGCUGGUGAUGGCUGCUCUUCUUGUGCUGUGUCUCAUUGUCAUUGGGUUCCUCCUCUCCAGAGUCCUGAAGGGAGACGGCAAGAUCUGCCAGUGUUUGGGCCCUUGUUUCUCGGGCCCUCAGUCUCACUCUCACAGAGACUCUCUACAGUUCACAAACGACGGCUUCCAGACGGAGGUGGACUCCAGGGGGCGCUGGGGAGGCAUGUUCCCCAAAGGCAAGGUGCUUCCUCUGGGCAAACGAAGCCCCAAACCCUGCUCAUCGUGUGGAACCUUCUCCAACCACAUCCAUCGCACCAGCCCCAUGAGCCGCCGCAGCAGAGAGCUCAGGAACGGCUCUGAGUCAGGCCUGAUGCGCCCGAAGAGGAAGGAGGGACAGAAGUCGGUUUGGUUCAAAGAGAGCGAAAACUCGUCGGAGAUCGAAGUGGAGAUCAUCCCAGACACCACCAUUUUGGAUGACCCCGAGGAGACACAGGAAGAAGAGGAGCCAAAGCAGGAAGUAGAGGUGGUACGAGACCCCAAAGCACCAAUCAGAGACGAGAGCCAGGAAACAGAGACAAACCAGGAGAACACCGCCACAGAGAAGAUGACGGAGGAGUAGAGCAGUCUGAUCACUGAAGAGACUACUUCACAAAUAACUUUAAAGCACAAAUAUUUUACUAAUUUAACUUUUUACAUUUGGUCCAAGUUGGUGGUUCAAUGCUAGACUCAUUCUUUUUGUCCAGGAAGUGCUCCUCCAUGUUUUUAAAGUGCCUACAACAGACGGGUUACUUCAGUGCUCAGGCUCAAACUAUCUUGAGGGGCCAUUAUGUAAAAUUGGAGCUUUGUUAUAAUGUUGUUCCCUCAUCAAAAACAUGACUGAAGAGGUUUUAGAUGUCAUCCAUGCAGGUUUAAGUAAUGUAGCGAUCUUUUACAGGCCCUAUUCACACCCUCCUUAUGGUUAGCUGUAAGAUUCUGUGCAGUGCUGAGCCCACAAGCGUAUGUCACCCAAACUCCCACACGACAAUUCUCCAUAGAUAUACAAAAACAUGAAACAAAAUUGUACACAACAACUUUGCAAACCUGACACGAUGUGCAGUAGUUUUGUUAGCACGAAGCACGCUGAUUGUGUUGUGAUAGCGCUCUGAAGGUGGAGUGACUUAGCGUGGGAAGCAAAGGGAGGGGAGCCUCAGAACAUAAAAAACAAAAGUGAAACUUAUUAAACAUGUUAAUAUGUUGUCUUCGGUGAAUAUAGCAUUUUCAAAACAAUAAAAGGUAACAUGGUGAUCUAAAUAUGUUAUGUGUUAGAAGUUAAUACCCCAUGUUCUUUAAAGAAGUGUCUUUCUUUUAUUUUUUGCAACUGAAAAACCUCAGAAUCCGUAACCCAAUAAUACAAUGGACUCUCUGGACUUGAGCAUCAUGCAGAUCAAAUCUAACACUUAUUACAUGAUCGUUUAAUGGACUGGGUUAAUGUGCCUUGAAUUAACAUUUGCACUACACUUAUGUAUUUAUUAAUUUAAGACCAGACUUGAAAAUUGUUUUAUUUAAAAUGUCUCUGUUUUAAUAUUGAAGCUCUGAAUGUGUGACAAACAUUUCCAUUGAAGGAGGAUUUAAACAUCUCAGCAGUGAGAUUUAAAGGGCCCAUUUUACACUAUUUCUGAUCUAUGUUAUAAUGUUGUUUCCUCAUCAAAAACAUACCUGGAGUUGUGUUUUGUUUCAUUUGCACAUGUUUAACACACAAACCCUGCAUAUUUAGGCUGAAUUGUUCUCUCAAACACCCUGUCCCACCUUGUGAUGUAAUGUGGUAAUAAAGGAACUCCACAUACACUUUCACUAGAAUCAUUUGGAUAAUUCCAGCCCUGUAAUGCCCAAUCUCUAAUAAACUAAAGUUAAAACUGCCACUUUACUUUAAAACUACCACUUGAUGACAUCACAAGGUGGAACAGAGCAUUAAAACUACUCCAGGUAUGUUUUUCAGGAAGUAACAAUAUUCUAACAUGGCUUAAAGCUCACAAGAGUAAUUUUGCCAUAAUAUAGGACCUUUAAUAAUGUUCAUAUGUAGUUUCCUCAUU